UCAAUAUGAAAACACACAAAUUGGCACUUUUGGUCUUAAUGCUGGUUCUAUUCCAGUCUUUUGCCAUUGAAGAGGAGGACUUUGACUUCGAUUAUGGAGAUGACUUUGAGACUCCCACUCCAACAAUUGAUAGAACGAAAGGUACCCCAGAGAAGGAAAUUGAAACCAAGAUGACUUUGUUGCAUAGAUUCUUACCUAAAGAUUCUCACAAACGUCAGACUGAUCUUUCUGUUGAAGAUAACUGGAGCGUACGUGGAGAUAUUUUUGUCAUUUCAAACGAAGCAGGAGAAGUUAAGAAGAUUGAUAUUGUCAAUGUAGAUGAAAAUAACUUAGAAUCUAAAAUCCAAGAAUUUGAUAGAGCUUGCAAAGCUGGGCAUAAAUACCAAAUUGCGAUCAAAGAGCUCGGACUUAUCACCUCAGUAAACUCUUGUGCAUAUGAACAAAACGGAUUAUUGGAUGCAUUUGUCUUUACUUUAAACCCACAAGGAUCAAUUUACUCCUUUGGGUAUCAAAAAUCUUAUACUAAGCAUUCGAAGACUCCAACCAACUGGAUCACUGAAGGCCUAGUCAAGAAAAUAGCCGAAGGACCCAAACCUCAGUUCAAAUUUGAGAAAUAUGAUAUGUUUGGAAAGCAAAAGAUUGACGAAACUGAAAUAAAGAAACAGAAAGAACAAGAAGACCAACCCUUUUAUGUUAAAUAUUGGUGGGUUCUUCUCAUCGGAGGAUUCCUUUUCCUCCAAGUGCUCGCUCCUCCUCAGGAAGAAGAAUCUGGAGGUGGCCAGGCAGCAGCUCCGGCCAGAGCAGGUGCUAAAUAAAAUCAUUGGUUAAUAAAUAACACUUGGGCUCUUUUCAA